UUCCGGCUCAUUUCUGUGCAGGAAUUAUUGCAGCAGUGUCUGACGUAUUUUCUUUCAUGGGAAACCUCAAUGUAUGGUGAGUAUCAGGACAUAUUUGGUAAUAGCUGGGCGGACUGACAACUCAUGGGGCCCCCGGGCAAUCGGGGAUUAUGGGGCCCCUGUGUUCUUGCCCAAACUCAAAAAAGCCUAUGAAAAAGGUACCAGAGGCAUCUCAUGGGGUCCCCCACUAACCCCGGGCCCUUGGGCAGUGCCUGAGUUUCCAAAUGGUCAGUCCGCCCCUGGGCUGAAG